AUGAACGUGGUUCUCGAUUUCGGGCCUAGUGCGGACGUCAAUGCAUCUUGUGAACGCGCCCUCGACGCCAAGUGCAGUUGCCGUUUCAAGACACCCUCUGAUUCCGUUUUCUGCAUUUGGCGAAGGGAAGAUUUCCACAUCAUGCUGCCUGGAGUUGAAAAACAUCGUCGGUGUCGAUUUAUCAUUUCCGUGCCCUUGGCAGUGCCUUCAGAAACGGAAGAAGCCGAAAGCACGUGGAGUGAAAUACGAGACGCAAUCGGUGAUGAGAUUGCAGUCAGAUGCGUAUCCUUGUGUCUUGAAAUUCCGACCGAUUUUGACUACGACCCCGUUGUUCUCGAGCGUUGGUGUGCGGAUAAUGUGCACUUCUUCUCGCUUCCAAAAGCUGUCUGGGUUUCUCAGGCCGACAGUCCGUCAAACCUUGUUUUAUCGGGUUACCAUGAACAAAUCGCUGGUGUGUUGAUUUCACGCAAGGUAAUACCCGUCAUUCAGUCACAAGAUGGCCAAGAAGCCAAUUGCUCCUAUCAUUUCACGGACUGGGAAAGAAUCAGUUAUGACGCCAAAGACAUUCUCAGUCUGACUCCGUUGCCGAGAACCUUCGGGGAGAUGCAUGAAUUGUCGGAUGCAAUGUCUGCCUUGUCACCCGGGAAGGAAGAGGCGUUUGUUGCGGCCAUUUCAAACGCAAUGAAAGCUAUUUUGAAAGGAAAGCGGGAGAAAAUUCAUUCACUGCUAUAUCUUCUGGGAGAAAUCAAUGCUCGAGAAUUGAUCUACACGUCUUCCAUUUAUGCUGGUGUUCUAUUCUUCACGCUUUUUUUCAGUUCGGUGCUUCUGCUCAAUGUAGAAAACCUGACUCUGAUUGAAGUUAUCAGCAAAGCUUUGUUGGCAUUCGUCGAUGUGCAGAUAAAUGUUUUGAUCCUUCAUCAGAAUGAAUUUUGCACUCUGCUAUUAAAACAUUUGUUCGAUCAACGGAAGUUCGGAAAGGGGAAGAUUUCAGUAAAACCCUGGUCUGAAACCUUCAAAUCCGACUGUGCUUUUGAUCUGAUAAUCAGCGAUGCUUUCGGGGUUUUCGGGGACGAUCGAGGACUCGAGUUUAUUUUAAACUCGUUCGUAAAGUAUUUGCAACCUUGGGGAAUUGUGAUCCCGGAGAAAGUCAUGUCGUAUGUUGUUCCCGUGCAAAGUAGUGAGAUUUACGCUGAGCACCAAAGAAUGCGCGGGUUUCAAGGAGUCCCACUUUUUGCGAAACGUGUUUGUCGAAUUUUCUCGUCGUGCGAGCCAGUUCGCGUGCAGAACAUUAUGUUCUCAUCUGAAGCUACAAAACCCUGUCUUCCGCAAGAAUUCAGCGCCAUUGCCGAGUUCACGCCAGAUUUGGAUUUCCGUGUACACGGCUUAGUUGGAUUUUUCAAGGCUGUGUUAUCCGAAGGAGCAAUGUACUCGAAUUAUAGCCGAAGUGCAGAGAAAAGCUGGCAAGGAUUUGAGUCGCUGAUGUUUUUACCGAUCCAGGAAUCCUUUUCUGCUGUUGCUGGGAAGCCGCUGAAGAUCGAAAUCAAGAAGAGAGUUGAAAAUUCAUGCACUUGGUUGGAAUGGAGAUCAUUGAACCCCGAUUACAAUUUGGGAAGCCGUAGUGAUGCCUGGAUAAAUACCGAUGGUUGUAGGUUCCGUCUAUCUGGUCUGUCAGACCAAGGUCUUCCUGAUUUGAGACUUCAAGAUCUUGAAAUUUGAAAAACGUAUCAUGUUAUGCAUUAAAAAAAUUGAAAAUUAUAA